AUGUCUUCGCUGGUUACCCUCCCGACUGAGGUGCUGCUUGUGAUCAUGGAUCAUCUAUCAGCGCAGCAAGAUCGACUGAACCUCGCCAGGUGCAAUGUACGCAUGUACACAGAACUUUACCCCCAGGCAUUUAUUCAUAUGGAACUUGAUCCUUGCUGCUGCGCUCAGCGGGUGGAAAAACUCGUUGACUUUCUUCUUCACAACCCCUCCAUGGCUGGGGAAGUCAAAAGUCUCAAGCUGGGCAAAAUGUGGACAUGUGGUCAACACCAUACAGCCCUAGUCACAACCUGGAGCUUCGAUGGAAUCUUCAAGCAGUCAGUCAAAAAGUUUGGUCAAUCAUCAACCUCCAGUCUGAAACAAUGGUUGUAUAAUAUCCCAACGGACGACAAACCCAUCGCUUGGCAGGCUCUCGUCAUCUGCCUCUUACCAAAUAUCACCUACCUUGAAUGCGUCUGGCCUGACCGCAGCACCAGUUUCACUGAUUGUAUGCUACGCAAAGCCUACCAACACCUAGUCCCAUUCAAUCCAACGCCGACACCGGCGUUUCAGUCCCUGCGAGAGGUCGUUUUCAAAUUCCCAUCGGAUAUCGUACGCGAAACCCCGAGAAUUGAAACCUGGAGCAAAUCAUGGGAUAUCUCUCGUCUCAAUCCUUUUUUCCAAACCUCAUCGAUGCACACGAUCAAGGGAUAUGGGCUGAGUGGAGUAUGUGUACACCUGUUACCACUGGAACCAUCAACUAUCACGCAUGUUGAGCUGCACCAGAGUCACUCGGUUUGUGGAAUUCGCGAAUUUAUUGUCAGUUGCCUAAACUUGAAGUCCUUCAAGUACUUCUGCUCUGAGGACAGCGGUUCACACCCCGUGGCUACCGGUUACUGUCUCGAGUCAUUUAUGAAUUUGAUUUCCUCCAAGGCACACUCGCUCAACACCCUUUGCCUCGACUACACACCCUUGCCCCCCGACUACAACAUGAGUGCUGAUGGAUGCAUUCGCUUCAAUAAGUUUCAUGUAUUGAAGCAUUUGCAGCUCCCAAUGCACACAUUCUCAGAAAUUAACGUCUCUCACUUGAUACUGGCUAAGCACUUACCACCAUCUCUGGAGCGGCUCUCUGUGACGCAAUGGUGCGUCGAAGCUCCCAAUGGCAACAUCAUCAACCAGCUGGUGAACUUAGUGAGGCUCAAGCAUAUGUUUCCCAGCCUCGUCACUAUUGAAAUCUACGGCACUUUCAUUCAACACUUGUUCGCCAUAGGUGGAGAGGAAGAACGACUUCGAGAAAUCCCAAGUGGGGAUAUUCCCCGUCCUGCGAUUUAUGAGGCUCACAAACGGCUGUCCGAUGCCUGCAAGGAAAUGGGCGUUGAUUUGAGUGUCCAGGAUGUUCGCCUGGUGUAA